AUGGAGAAUUCCUGGAGAGAAUUGGAUAUUGGUGUGAUUGGUGGUGGAAUAGGUGGUCUCGCUGUUGCCACAAGUUUACGACAAGCCGGACAUCGAGUCACAAUAUAUGAACGGGCAGAUUUCGCUGGAGAAGUUGGUGCUUCUAUAUCUUGUGCGGCGAAUGGCACAAAGUGGCUUGAAGAAUGGGGUGUCAAUAUCUCAAUUGGACGACCUGUGGUUCUAGAAAAGCUUAUAUCGCAUGACUGGAAAACUGGAGAGGUUCAAAAUGUAUAUGAUUUGGCCGACUACAAGAGCAGAUGGGGAUACGUUUAUAAUAUGUUUCACAGAGUCAAUAUGCACGAGAUGUUGAUGGACUCUGCUACUGGGUCAAAUCAUUCCGGCAUACCAGCAAUCUUAAAAUGCAAUCACAAAUGCGCCGAGAUCGAUCAUGAACAAGGCCUUGCUACUUUUGAGAAUGGUCUAAAAGUCAAACAUGAUUUGAUUAUUGGCGCAGAUGGUAUUGGGUCACAAGUACGAAAAACUUUAGGAAUUGUGCCGGAUCGAGAAUUAUCCACAUCUACAUGUUUACAUUGUAUUAUCGAAACAAAAGAUGCAAGGAGGUUAGGACUUCGAGAUCUAUCACCGAAUAGUGCUAUCGAAUUUUGGGGUGGACAAGGAAUUCACAAGAUUGUGUUCUCACCAUGUCGAGAUGGAGAAGUUCACUCAUUCUAUUGUUUCUUCCCGACAAACGAAAGUUCUCAUGCCGGCGAAGGUUGGAAUAUUAAUCUUACCGUUGAAGAUAUCCUCAGACCAUUUCCUGACCUCGAUCCGGAACUUCUUGCAUUAUUCAAGAACUCAACUGAUGUCAAACCAUGGAGAUUAUUUGUUCAUCAACCAUAUCCAUAUUGGCAAAAGGGCGCUACUUGUAUUCUUGGUGAUGCAGCACAUCCUAUGCUUCCAGAUCAAAGUCAAGGGGCAUGUCAGGCUUUAGAAGAUGCGGCUGCAUUGGGUAUAAUUUUUGGAAGGAAAUAUGGAUUUGCCAAUUCAAAAGUAACCAUUAGCGAGGGAUUAAAGCUGUAUGAACAAAUUCGUAAGCCUAGAGCUUCUCGGGUACAAGCGGCUAGUGCUCUUGCUAGGGUAAAUAUCAAUGAACGAAUCGGAUUUUCAUCGAAUACCAACAACCCUAAUUACAAAGUAUUGGAUGAGAAGAAGAAAUUAACAAUCGAGGAGAUGAAUGAAUAUGAUAUGGGAUUGGAUAUUGAGAGAAAUGUUUCGGAAAAGGAGAAUGAUCCGAACAAUAUCCGUUCUCCGCCGGGAACCCCUGCUCCUUCAUCUGACCCAAAUCUGAUGAACGACGUCAAUCUUUUUGCACAUUUCAUCGAAAGUGCUUCAAUGUCAGAACGUCCAGCAAAACGCAUUCGCCAAGCAUGUGAGCCAUGCCGGCGCAAGAAAACAAGAUGUCCGGGUGAAAAACCAAUAUGCUCGCAUUGUGCGAGAUUAAGACAAAAUUGUUAUUAUGCCGAUGAUGGUUUAAAUCAUGCCAAUGAGAGAACCUCGAUUGAGAGAACUCCAUUACCAACACCGACUCGGAUACAGGAGAAAAGCCACGUGAGAUCAUCAAAUGAUGUAAACUUGGAAGAUAGAUUGAAAUCAGUUGAGGCUCAACUUGCAGAGGUCCUUUCAAAUCAAGUAUCCAUGAGUAGGAGCGCAUCAAGACAUAUGUCAAAUUCCCCUGUUUUAUCACAGUUGGGACAGACAAUGAGGACACCAAAUGUUUUUAGGCUUUCGAGUAGCAAACUUCCACCAUAUGAGGCAGUCAUAAGUAUUGCAAAAACUUAUCUACUAUACUGCGAUUGUCAGCCACUUCCUGUGUUCUGUCGGAAUAGAUUUGUUGAAACAAUCAACGAUCGUGACCCAGAAGUAAUUUUCUCAAUCUUAGCUUUGGCAAUACGCUUUUCAGAUGAUGAUAUCUUCCGGGAUAAUCAAUCUGAACUCAUUACGGGAUAUGUAGAGGCAGCUCAUUCCAUCAUCUCCGCCAGAAUAUUUGGAGGUCGAGUAGAACUCUCAACACUACAAUCUCUAUGCCUUCUUAGUCUAGUAGACUUCACUAAUGGAAAUACGCGACAAGCAAGUGUACAUAGUAGUCUAGCCAUGAGCUUAGCUCAUAAUGCUGGUCUCACGACAGAAACUCAUGCUCAUUUAUCUAAUUCGCUGCGUGAAGAACGUCGACGAUGUUUUUGGAGUUUAUUCCUCCUCAAAAGAUUACAUGGCGCAGAGUUCAGUGUUAUAGAUUUCGCGGGUGAAGAUAAAUUUCCAUGGUAUCCAGAAACCACCGGUAAACCAUUGAAUCAUGGCCAGUUUACGAAUGGAGAAACUCCCGACCUUUCAUCUCCAGAGUUUGCUAUAUCUGAUACUCAAGAUAAAGGUGUCGUUGCUUAUGCCAUUCAACUUAGUGAAGUGUGGUUUAAGAUUACCCGGUACGCGAGAAGACGUGGUAAUCCAAGUACUUUACCCCCUUGGUCUCCUCAAUCAGACUACGCAUUAAUAAUGGCUCAACAAAUGGACUUUGAAACCCGUACUUCACAAAUUCAUCGCUUCAAAUCCGCCAAAUUUUCUCAAAGAACUUCGGAAGAAUUACAUGCCAAUCGAGACUAUUGGGGUCCUUGGUUGUUCAUUCAAUUUUUGUAUCACACAAACCUUUGCCUAUUGAAUAAUCCACUUUUGUUAUCACUUCGAUUAAAACAUCUCAAAUCUAACAUUCCAGAAAUAUUCCUACAACAUAUUUCAGAUUUGAUCUCAUCGCAUGCUAGUUGGGUCAUUAGAUAUAUUGAUAUGUUGGAAGUUAAAUCUUUCAAAGUCUCUGAUCCAUUUCUUGCUCACUGUGUAGCGAUCAUUGCAACAAUAUAUUUACAAGAAUGUUUUGCCGAGGAUCCAAUUGUACGACAAGAAAAACGAGAUAACUUUGAUAAGUGUUUGAAAUUUAUAAGAGAUUUUGAAGAAUGGCCUCAUGUUGCACGAAUGGCGGAAAAACUUCAACGUCUUUGUGAUACAGUUUCAUCCACUUAUACAAAUACUGAUGCACCACCACAAACCCCUAAUCGUAGUCUUCUCAUUGACCUAGGUCAAUUCUGGGAAAUUCUAGAAUACUCUUCCUCGAGUGAAAUCCCCGCAUUGGCUCGUCGUCUUUUCGGACCAUCCUUAUACUCGGCUUCAAUUCCUGCUACUCAUGAAAUUAGUCAUGCUUCAUCACUACCAGAACCUACCAGAGUUGAUAGACAAGAUUUUGAGGGAUCCGGUCCUAAUUCUGUCAAUACUAGUGUGGUCAAUCUUGGAAAUGGAACGACAGAUCAAGAACAAGAACAAGAAUUUGUUCAACCACCAUUUCAUUAUUCUGAUGAUGAAUUGGCAGUUUUGGCGGAAAGUUUUUUUCAUCAAAGAGGUGAUGGAAUGGGUCAUAUGGAGGAUUGGUGGAGUACUGGGAAUUUUAGUUGA